GCGGGCGCGGCCCCCGCCCCGCGCCGCGCGGGUAGUGGUGGAGCGGCGGCGCCGCAUCCCGCAUCGCUGCCGGUGCGCAGGGGGCCGCCCGCAUGGUGGACAUCCUCCUCCCGCGGCCGCUCCCGGGCGCCAUGGGGGAGCCCUCCAAGAGGCGGCCGGGGCUGGCCCUGUGCGCCGGUUGCGGGGGCCGAAUCCAGGACCCCUUCCUGCUGCGGGUGUCGCCGGACCUGGAGUGGCACGUCGCCUGCCUCAAGUGCGCCGAGUGCGGGCAGCCUCUGGACGAGACCUGCACAUGCUUCCUGCGCGACGGCAAGGCCUACUGCAAGCGGGAUUACAGCAGGCUCUUCGGCAUCAAGUGCGCCCAGUGCCGGGCGGCCUUCAGCAGCAGCGACCUGGUGAUGCGCGCCCGCGACCACGUCUACCACCUGGAGUGCUUCCGCUGCGCCGCCUGCGGCCGCCAGCUCCUGCCCGGCGACCAGUUCUGCCUGCGGGAGCGGGACCUGCUCUGCCGCGCCGACCACGGGCCGCCCCCCGACGGCUCCGCCGCCCGAGGGCCGCGCAGCCCCGCGCUGCCUCCGGCCGCCGCCGCGCACCUCGCAGAGCCGGUGCCCGGGCGGCCGCCCGUCCCGCGGCCGCCGGCGCACAAGGCGGCGGAGAAGACCACCCGCGUGCGGACGGUGCUGAACGAGAAGCAGCUGCACACGCUGCGGACCUGCUACGCCGCCAACCCGCGCCCCGACGCCCUGAUGAAGGAGCAGCUCGUGGAAAUGACAGGGCUCAGUCCCCGCGUCAUCCGCGUCUGGUUCCAGAACAAGCGCUGCAAGGACAAGAAAAAGUCCAUCCUCAUGAAGCAGCUCCAGCAGCAGCAGCACAGCGACAAGACGAGCCUGCAGGGCCUCACCGGGACGCCGCUGGUGGCCGGCAGCCCCAUCCGCCACGAGAGCGCCGUGCAGGGCAGCGCCGUGGAGGUCCAGACCUACCAGCCGCCCUGGAAGGCGCUCAGCGAGUUCGCCCUGCAGAGCGACCUGGAGCAGCCCGCCGCCUUCCAGCAGCUGGUCUCCUUCUCCGAGUCCGGCUCCUUGGGCACCUCCUCCGGCAGCGACGUGACCUCGCUGUCCUCCCAGCUCCCCGACACCCCCAACAGCAUGGUGCCCAGCCCGGCCGAGACGUGAGGCGGCCCGGCCGCCCGCCGCCGCGGGACCUCCGCAUGCCUGCGCUCCCUGCAUGAGACACCCGGCCCCGGGCCGCUCCCAGAGCGCCGGACAAACGCCUUUGUUUUUUAAUUAUUCUUAUUUAAAAACAAACAAAAAAUAUGUUACUGACGGCCAAAAAAGCACCGGGAUCCUCGCUGCCUUCACCAGACCGGAGAGAGAGUCCCCGCCCUGGUUAUUUCGUUGUUUUGGGUUUUUUCCCUGCGGAUUUCGAUGUUUCUUUUUUCCCAAAGAAACGUGGAUUUCCCCGCUGGAGCCCGGCACGGUGACAGGCCGCCUCGCCCACCGCUUGCGCCGGAGACGGCUAUUCUUUCCUUUUUGGAAGGGAAAAGGAAAAAAGAAACUACAAAAGGGGGAGAGACUCCCUCAGCGUGCGGCCGCGGAGCCGGCCUGGCCGUCCCUCCGCGCCGUCCAGCCUCAUCUCACGCCGAUGCCUCUCCCGGGCCGCGGCGCCCGGCCCCGCACGAUCGCUGGAAAAACGGGACACGGAAACGAGACUUUUUAACGGGAAAACCAGUACUAAUAAUAAGUUAUCAAUGGACGGAGGACGGAUUGUUUGCGCCUUUAACGAUCAAAAGUAAGUUAUUGUUAUUUAUUGUCAGAGUCAGCGGUUGAAUAGUGGAAUUAAGUAUUUUGGACUUAAUAAAAAAAAAAAAAAAAGAGAAAAAAGGAAAGGAAAGGACUGAAACGAAAAAAAAACCAAAACAAAACCAAAAAGGCGCGGAAGGGCGGCAGAGGGGCGGGCGCGGACCGGGUCGGGACGGGCACAGCCCCGGCUUUUUCCGCACGGCCUCCCCGCACCGCGUUAAUCGGCUUUCAGAACCGGGGCCGCUUAUUUAUAGCCGGGGAGGCGGAGCGCAGGUUUCCCUUUCGGAGCAGCCCCCGGGCUCGGCCGGGUCGUGCCCGCACCUGCCGCGCUGCGGGGCCGCCUCGCCUCCUCCCCGGGCGUGGCGGGGGCUUCCCCGGGGCGGCGGGGCGAGGCGAGCUGACCCCUCGAGCGUAUCCAUCCCCCCGUCCAUACUCAGGCGGCGGCUCCUUAUCUGCCUCUGGCAUCACCUGGGAGCGCGGCGGGGCCGUUCCCGCUUCCUCCCCGUUACCCGGGCGGGACCGCUCCGGACCGGCUCCCAGCGGGACCGCAGGCCCGGAAAGCUCCAGCCACAGCACGCUGCACCCCCCCUACCCUUCCCCGGGCACCCGGGGAGAGCUGGGCCCUGACCGAGCCCUCCGGGCUGCAGGGGAUGGGCAGCGCGGCGCCGGAGCGGCUGCACCACCCCGAGGGGCUGCGGGGCGGCUGUGCGGGGACCGGGCCCCCCGGGCGAGCCGCCGUCGGGGCCGCCUCAGCCCGGGGCCGCUGGGCACCGCCGGGGUGGGCUGUGCCCCGGCCGGGCACAAGUCUGGAGGGGUCUGCCGCUCUCCCAGCCCCGCCGCGGGGCCCCCGCCAUUACCUGGCUCCAUCCUGGUCGCGCUGGGGCUCCUCGCGUUCUCCCGGGGCUGGGCCGCAGCGGGGCCGCAGCAUCGCCUCAGGCGGCGCGCGGCCUCCCCUCAGGCGGCGCGGGCGGGACCCGCCUGCGGGCCGGGCCGGGCCGGGCCGGGCUGGGCCGUGCGGCCGCCGCAGGAGCGGCGCGGGGCUGCCAAGAGAGGACUGUCCCGCUGUCUGUCCCGGUCCCGCUGCCUGUCCCGGUGCCCGCGGGCCGCCCGGGAUCGGGAUCGGCCCCGUCCCCGCCGCAGCGCGGGGCCCGCAGCGCCUCCCGCCCCCUCCCGCGGAAGCGAAUCCCGCCCGGCCCCGGUGCGCCGCUGGGUUUUGCUCCGCGGAACCUUCCCCGCUCACAGAACAUCCCUAGGUUAAACCAGCGUUAUUAAAGUCUUACCGAAACGUUAAAAACGCACAUGGUUUAAAAAAUCCGUAUUACGUGACUUAUCCCAAAUUACCAGAAAAUUAUAAGCAAACUUUCCCCAGAGCCAAAUCUAACGAAUUCUUUUGAUUAGAUUCUGAUUGACUUUUGAUUAAAGAGAAAGACAGCUUAAGGGGCUUUUUCUUUCCUAUCUCCGAGCCCUGUGUUGCUUAUAGUAAUUCAAACACACCAACAUUUGUAACACAGAAGUCACACCAGACAGAAUAAGUUAUUUUAUUACAAGAUAUAUAGAACAUAUUUUCUCUAUUUGCAACCUUAUUUCAGCAGUUCUGCAGUGCAAGUCCCACCACAUCACAGGGUAGAAAACACCCAAAUCAUGACAUCGGAUACAUGAACGAAAUAAACUCAAAUUAUCAAAAUUACAAAACAGAACUUGGAAGUAUCUACAGUAGUUAUGAUAUAAAUAGUGCAAAUUAUAUAUCUACAGAGUAAGUAUUUAGAGUAUCAAAACCGUUUCAGAACAGCCUUUUAAAGAAGGUAGUCAGCAGGACCAGGUCAGUGUGAUGAUGUUAGGGAUUCAAAAACCAAAUACGACACUUAUUUUUUCAAGAAGAACUGUCGAGCUUCUUCCCAGGACUGCCGCGGGAAUCUGUUGGACAGCUCAAGAUAAUCUUGAGAACUGAAAAAUUUUUCUGUUGAAGACAGAACACAAAAUUACCACGUUAUUCCCUCUUAAGAUAAGAUGGCAAUAAAACAAGAAUAACGAACUUGCAGCCAAUUUGAGAUACUUUUACUCCCUCCCCCUCCCAAAAUCUUCUCAGCCCACGGGGGUGACACUUCUGUGGAGCUUGGGACAUCGAGGGCUGGCUUUAAGAAUGGGGGCAGAGGCUCUGGUGAGCAAAGGCUUCCAUUUGUAAGCUUUUGGAUCAGGCUCUGCUUUGCGCAGUGGAACAUUAUACAGCUUUGCACACUUUAUGUUCUUGGACCCACCAGGGACCAGCUCAGCCUCGUUCAGCUCUGGGCAGCCUCAACGGUGUUUUCUGCUCAGCAGCUUUUUUUCCACGGAGGGCUGCGGAGGAGUUGUGCUCCCUGACUCCCAGAGCUCACAGCACAAGUACAAAUGCAGCUUUCACUCCUACGAGUGAACAGGACUGCACAUGUGGGCACAUGUUUGAGGGUCUGACCCUCCACACAGCACCCAACAAUGAAGUUUGUGCUUUCAGGUUGUAUUCCCAUCAGUGUUACUAUUCCCAUUUGUGUUUUGGGGACACCAUCCUUCACAUUCAAGUCAUAUAAUGGAUAAAAAUAAUCCUGCUUAUACUAUUACUGAGACAACUUUUUUGCAACUGGGGAAUGUUUAGAAACCACACUCACAUGUCACCACAUAGUCAUCUUUCUUUAAAAGUUCAUCCAGUUUGAAUAGUGAAAAUAAAAAGCAGUUUUCCAUUUGGGUUUUAGAUGUUUCUUGAGCAGAUUCUCAUGCAAACACAAACCUGGAAAGUUUGUGCUGCAGACACUGCACAAGGCUGCUUCAGACUGAGAGGUAUAAUGCUGACAGUAAAAAUCUCCAUAAAGUUACAUUAAUUUCAUGUGUUAUAUUUUAUUUUUAAACACAAAGCUUAUGUUUUAGACCUAGAACUGCUCAUCUCUUGCCAAAUGUUGGGCAAAAUGGUGGUGGAUUUUUGUUUGCUCUGAGGGAGAAAUGGUUGUCCGAGCGAUGUUCUUUAUGCAAAAUACAGCUAACUCAAGAACAGAUGCCCAUCAGAACUUGAAUUUUAGAUGUGUUUAGCAAGUAACAGCCAUCUCAGCUGAGAAUAUUUCAAAUUUAGCCUAAAGAGGUUAAAUGCUUUUUAAAUAAUACCUUAAUAAUGGAGGGGAAAAAAAAAUCACACCUCUUCUGCAAACCGAUGAACGUCAAAUAACGAUUACAAGACAGUAUUUUACAGAUUUUUGGCUCCCCAGGUGCAUUGGCAUUGCUGCAUGGCUUCUGCAACCUAAAACUUGUGAAGGCAGCCUUUGUGACAGCUAAUUAAAUAUGUGCAGGUACAGUAUCACAUUUUAAGACAUGAUACCACACAGCAUUUAAUAAAGAUUAACAGUCUGAAUCCCUGAUACGACGAGCAGAGGACUGGAAGACACGUCAGAAUGUGAGGGAGCCUCUCUCCAAGCUGUAAAACCAUGCUGCAAGUUACUGUAUUUCUUUUAUCGUGAUGCAGACUCAAAAAAUUUAAAUCACAGUGAAAUAUAAUAUGUACACAUUUUGUUAACCGACUGCUACUCUGUUACACUGCAUUGAACGUACCCCUCUGCUGAGAUAACUGAUUAUCCAUUUGGCCUGAGCUCUGUGCAAAAUCCUACAGGGGAAAAAAAAAAAAGGCAUCAGGUUUUCAGAUCUUACACCUGAGAAAUUAAACCAACAUUUUUAAGUCUUCACAGUCACUCAAAAAUACUAAUACUUUAUGAAAACUGUAAAUUAACAAACUCUGGUUUGUUUGCUACAUAUAACAACAGAAUACUGCCAGCAUUUAAAUUCUAUAAUAUAUAUAGUAGAUUUUUAUUCCUUUAUUUAUACUUGUUUUGGAAAAAAAAUAUUUUUAGUACACAACAAAGAACCCAAGGCUUUAAUAUCUUCUUAGGAAAUAGUUAUUAUUGGGAUUUUUAUUUACCACAGCUAUGUCUCUGUAAAAGAAAUGGUGUUUCAGAUCUUUGCUCCUGACUCCAAAUACACUCUUACAACACCCAUGAAUGAUUCCCAUUUCAAUGGCUGUGCUUCCCAGUGACCUGGGAGCCCGAGGCCCUGAUCUCUUGGGAGUGUGUGAAGUUCCUCCCCAGCGGGGUAACCCCAGCCCAAGCUGUGGGGCAGCCAGGAUGAGCACCCAGAGCCCGGUGUGGAUUCCCUGCUGCAUCCUCGCAGUCAGCAAGGACCUCGACCUCGCUCGGAACAUGUCGGCUGCCCCACCACAGAUCCUGUCUUUUGUUGGAGCAUCCACCGAGCAGAACACUGAAGAAGGUAUUAUCUGAUAAGAGAUACAAUUUAGCAAAUCGUGGAUACUCCUAAAUGUUUUUUAAUUAUUUCUGCGCAUCUAAAAGCAGAAGCAACAAAAAUAAACGGGUUGAUGCAAACUUCA